AUGUUAGAGGGGAACGAAGUAAAAAAGGGAUUAGGUGCGGGGGGUUGCAUGCAGGGGUUGCAUGCAGGGGGUUGGAUGCAGAGGGUUGCUUGCUGGGGUUGCAUGCACGGGGAUGCAUGCAAGCGGCGUCCCUUAGAGGAGAGGCGCUUCACAGAGGAGUGGCGCUCGCCUCACAUCACAGAGGAGUGGCGCCCGCCUCACACCACAGAGGAGUGGCGCCCGCCUCACAUCACAGAGGAAUGGCGCCCGCCUCACACCACAGAGGAGUGGCGCCCGCCUCACACCACAGAGGAGUGGCGCCCGCCUCACAUCACAGAGGAGUGGCGCCUGCCUCACACCACAGAGGAGUGGCGCCUGCCUCACAUCACAGAGGAGUGGCGCCCGCCUCACACCACAGAGGAGUGGCGCCCGCCUCACACCACAGAGGAGUGGCGCCUGCCUCACACCACAGAGGAGUGGCGCCCGCCUCACAUCACAGAGGAGUGGCGCCCGCCUCACACCACAGAGGAGUGGCGCCCGCCUCACACCACAGAGGAGUGGCGCCUGCCUCACAUCACAGAGGAGUGGCGCCCGCCUCACACCACAGAGGAGUGGCGCCCGCCUCACACCUCAGAGGAGGAGUGGCGCCCGCCUCACACCACAGAGGAGUGGCGCCCGCCUCACACCACAGAGGAGUGGCGCCCGCCUCACAUCACAGAGGAGUGGCGCCCGCCUCACACCACAGAGGAGUGGCGCCCGCCUCACACCACAGAGGAGUGGCGCCUGCCUCACACCACAGAGGAAUGGCGCCCGCCUCACACAACAGAGGAGUGGCGCCCGCCUCACAUCACAGAGGAGGAGUGGCGCCCGCCUCACACCACAGAGGAGUGGCGCCCGCCUCACACCACAGAGGAGUGGUGCCUGCCUCACACCACAGAGGAGUGGCGCCCGCCUCACACCACAGAGGAGUGGCGCCCGCCUCACACCACAGAGGAGUGGCGCCCGCCUCACACCACAGAGGAGUGGCGCCCGCCUCACACCACAGAGGAGUGGCGCCCGCCUCACAUCACAGAGGAGUGGCGCCCGCCUCACAUCACAGAGGAGUGGCGCCCGCCUCACACCACAGAGGAGUGGCGCCUGCCUCACAUCACAGAGGAGUGGCGCCCGCCUCACACCACAGAGGAGUGGCGCCCGCCUCACACCUCAGAGGAGGAGUGGCGCCCGCCUCACACCACAGAGGAGUGGCGCCCGCCUCACACCACAGAGGAGUGGCGCCCGCCUCACAUCACAGAGGAGUGGCGCCCGCCUCACACCACAGAGGAGUGGCGCCCGCCUCACACCACAGAGGAGUGGCGCCUGCCUCACACCACAGAGGAGUGGCGCCCGCCUCACACCACAGAGGAGUGGCGCCCGCCUCACAUCUCAGAGGAGGAGUGGCGCCCGCCUCACACCACAGAGGAGUGGCGCCCGCCUCACACCACAGAGGAGUGGCGCCUGCCUCACACCACAGAGGAGUGGCGCCCGCCUCACACCACAGAGGAGUGGCGCCCGCCUCACACCACAGAGGAGUGGCGCCCGCCUCACACCACAGAGGAGUGGCGCCCGCCUCACACCACAGAGGAGUGGCGCCCGCCUCACAUCACAGAGGAGUGGCGCCCGCCUCACAUCACAGAGGAGUGGCGCCCGCCUCACACCACAGAGGAGUGGCGCCCGCCUCACAUCUCAGAGGAGGAGUGGCGCCCGCCUCACACCACAGAGGAGUGGCGCCCGCCUCACACCACAGAGGAGUGGCGCCCGCCUCACACCACAGAGGAGUGGCGCCCGCCUCACACAACAGAGGAGUGGCGCCCGCCUCACACCACAGAGGAGUGGCGCCCGCCUCACAUCACAGAGGAGUGGCGCCCGCCUCACACCACAGAGGAGUGGCGCCCGCCUCACAUCACAGAGGAGUGGCGCCCGCCUCACAUCACAGAGGAGUGGCGCCUGCCUCACACCACAGAGGAGUGGCGCCCGCCUCACAUCACAAAGGAGAGGAGAGGAGAGGAGCCUCAUAGGCUCAUCAUAAAGGAGAGGCGCCUCUUAGAGGAGAGGCGCCCCAUAGAGGAGGAAGCGCGGGGAGUGGAGGAAGCGAGGGGAGUGGAGGAAGCGAAGAGAGUGGAGGAAGCGAGGUUGGAGAGAAGGGAGGAGGAAGCGAGGGGAGUGGAGGAAGCGAGGUGGAAGAGGAGGGCUGGAUGGCCCUUAGGAGGAGGAAGCGUGGGGAGUGGAGGAAGCGAGGGCUGGAUGGCCCUUGGGAGGAGGAAGCGUGGGAAGCGAGGUGGGAGAGGAGGGCUGGAUGGCCCUUGGGAGGAGGAAGCGUGGGGAGUGCUUGAAGCGAGGUGGGAGAGGAGGGCUGGAUGGCCCUUGGGAGGAGGAAGCGAGGGGAGUGGAGGAAGCGAGGUGGGAGAGGAGGGCUGGAUGGCCCUUAGGAGGAGGAAGCGUGGGGAGUGCUUGAAGCGAGGUGGGAGAGGAGGGCUGGAUGGCCCUUGGGAGGAGGAAGCGAGGGGAGUGGAGGAAGCGAGGUGGGAGAGGAGGGCUGGAUGGCCCUUAGGAGGAGGAAGCGUGGGGAGUGGAGGAAGCGAGGUGGGAGAGGGGGGCUGGAUGGCCCCUAGGAGGAGGAAGCGUGGGGAGUGGAGGAAGCGAGGUGGGAGAGGAGGGCUGGAUGGCCCUUGGGAGGAGGAAGCGAGGGGAGUGGAGGAAGCGAGGUGGGAGAGGAGGGCUAGAUGGCCCUUAGGAGGAGGAAGCGUGGGGAGUGGAGGAAGCGAGGAAGCGUGGGGAGUGGAGGAAGCGAGGUGGGAGAGUAGGGCUGGAUGGCCCUUGGGAGGAGGAAGGGUGGGGAGUGGAGGAAGCGAGGUGGUAGAGGAGGGCUGGAUGGCCCUUAGGAGGAGGAAGCGUGGGGAGUGGAGGAAGCGAGGUGGGAGAGGAGGGCUAGAUGGCCCUUGGGAGGAGGAAGCGAGGGGAGUGGAGGAAGCGAGGUGGGAGAGUAUGGCUGGAUGGCCUUUGGGAAGAGGAAGCGUGGGGAGUGGAGGAAGCGAGGAGGGAGAGGAGGGCUGGAUGGCUCUUAGGAGGAGGAAGCGUGGGGAGUGGAGGAAGCGAGGUGGGAGAGGAGGGCUGGAUGGCCCUUAG